ACAUAGGGUUGCCACGAGUUGGAAUCGACUUGAAGGCUGCAGAUGGAGUUCAGGUGGCCCUUUCACUGGCUGCUGCUUGGACCCACCCCCUUCCAAGUACAUAAACCUGCCAGCAUCCUCCCAGACUCACAGCUGGGGUGGGAAGGAGGCUGUGCACUGCUAGUGGAGAUCAGCACACCCAGAUCAAAGGAAAAUUCAGAGGAGGUUCUCAGGCAAGGAAAGUGACGAUGGACCUGAUCCCAAGCUUUUCCACGGAGACCUGGAUUCUUCUGGCCACUAGCCUGGUGCUCCUCUACCUAUAUGGAACCUAUUCACAUAAUGUUCUAAAGAAGCUCGGGAUUCCUGGGCCUAAGCCUCUGCCUUUUGUGGGAAAUGUUCUGGCCUAUCACAAGGGUAUGUGGAAUUUUGACAUGAAAUGUUCUAAAAAGUAUGGAAAAUUAUGGGGGUUUUAUGAGGGUCAACUGCCUGUAAUAGCCAUCACAGACCCAUGCAUGAUCAAGACGGUACUGGUGAAAGAAUGUUAUUCCAUCUUCACAAACCGGAGGAAUAUUGGUCCAAUAGGAUUUAUGAAAUCUGCCAUUUCCAUAUCUGAGGAUGAAGAAUGGAAGAGGCUACGAACUUUGUUGUCUCCAACCUUCAGCAGUGGAAAACUCAAGGAGAUGUUCCCCAUCAUCAGCCAGUUUGGAGACAUGUUGGUGAAGCAUCUGAGAGAGGCAGCACACAAAGGCAAGCCUGUCUCAUUGAAAUGCAUCUUCGGGGCUUACAGCAUGGAUGUGAUCACUAGCACGUCAUUUGGAGUGAACAUCGAUUCCCUCAACAACCCACAAGACCUCUUUGUGCAAAACAUCAGGAAGCUCAUAAAAUUUGACUUCUUGGACCCAUUGCUUUUGACAAUAAUCCUGUUUCCAUUCCUUACUCCAGUUUGUGAAGCACUAGGUAUCUCUCUGUUUCCAAGAGCUGUUACUGAUUUUUUCACAAAAUCUGUACAAAGAAUGAAAGAAAGUCGCCUUAAAGAUAAUCAAAAGCACCGAGUGGAUUUUCUUCAGCUGAUGAUCAACUCCCAGAAUACCAAAGAAAUUUCAUCCCAUAAAGCUCUGACUGAUAUGGAGCUUGUAGCCCAAUCGAUUAUCUUUAUUUUUGCUGGCUAUGAGGCCACUGGUACUGCUCUUUCCUUCAUUAUGUAUUUAUUGGCCAUCCAUCCUGAUGUUCAGCAGAAACUGCAGAAGGAGAUUGAUGCAGCUUUGCCCAAUAAGGCACCUCCUACGUAUGAUGUCAUGUUACAGAUGGAAUAUCUUGACAUGGUGGUGAAUGAAACACUCAGAUUAUUCCCAGUUGUUGGCAGACUUGACAGGGUCUGUAAGAAAGAUGUUGAAAUCAAUGGAGUGAUUAUUCCCAAAGGGACACUGGUGACGGUGCCAACUUUUGCUCUUCAUCAAGACCCAGAACACUGGCCAGAGCCUGAGAAGUUCCUUCCUGAAAGGUUCAGUAAGGAGAGCAAGGACAACAGAGAUCCUUAUUUAUACAUGCCCUUUGGAAGUGGACCCCGAAACUGCAUCGGCAUGAGGUUUGCUCUCAUGACAAUGAAACUUGCUGUUGUCAGAACUCUGCAGGAGUUCUCUGUCAAACCUUGUAAAGAAACACAGAUUCCCUUAAAAUUAAGCAAGAAAUCAUUUCUUGCACCAGAAGUACCUGUUGUUAUAAUGUUUGAGUCAAGAGUUGGAAAUGUAGGUGGAGCCUGA